AUGUAUAGACCGACGACGAGAUAUGAAUGGUGGUUGUGCAGCGGGUUGCUCGCACAGGCAGUCUUGACCAUCGUCUUCGAGAUCUAUAUACUCAUUGAAUGGCAACGAUGGGUCACUUCCACCAUCAAUCAAGUGCCGGUGUCCUACCUGAUUCCAAUUAACCUAGGCAUUCUGAUAUUCGCCUGCCUGUUUGAGUUGUUUCUAUCCUUGGAUGCAAUCCACCACAAGAAUAACGUCCUUCUUUUUGCAGUCUGCAUUUGUAAUGCCUGCAGCUUCGGUUAUUCUGUGAUGCAAUUUCUCGUCAUGAGAGAUACUACUGCAAGGCUGUUCGAGUCACGUUUUAGCUAUCCGAAUUUGGUGGAUACUACACGCAAUGUGUGGCCUCAGGUCCAGCCAGCAGAGAUCCUUGUAUGUAUAUUUACAGGGCUGUGUACUCUUUUUCUAUGCCCAAUUGCAUAUUUGAUACACCGGGACUAUUCAUGGGCUAUCUACAAGUCUGUUCACGGCAGCUUGGAUACUCGGAUGCGUUAUCUGGCCUAUGAGGUUUUUCUGGUACUGGUCAAACUAAACCUCUAUUUUCUGAUUGGCUUCAUUAUCCAAUAUGAUCUAGUAUAUGUGCACUUCAAAGAACCAGAGUAUACUUUGACGAUGCUCCUCAUCCCUGUCGCCAUCAUUGCGAUAUUUUCUGGUGUCUGGUUUGUCCAGCGAGAACGAAUCUUUAGUACAAUUGCUAUUAUUAUGAGCUACCUUGCCUUGGUCGCAUAUCUUAUCAGCCGGAUUGUGAUUCUAUCUUCGGCGAAUACAGCCGGCAAGAGCAUGAUGUUGUUUUUCGCCGCGUUAUCCUUGGCACUGACUGCUGCAACGGUUGUCUGUACUGCUAUUUGCAUCACAAACUUUAAUCGGGGGUUGAGAGCCAUUAACCAGUCAAAAAGUGCCAACGCGCGGGAUUCGUACCUUUUGUACAACAGGACCGCCUCCGCGCAAUUGUCCCCUGGUCUUCCGCGUCCCGACUCUCGUCUCACGCUUGACUAAGAGCCACCAGAGAUAAGGACUAUGUAUGAAAGUACCAGAACGUCAAAACAUGGACUACAUGUUCGCAACUUGCACACAGG